AUGGAUAAUCAAUUCUAUGAAAUUCAACUCAAUCAAUGUUAUAGCAUGAAUCCAAGUCAAUUAAAAUGUAAAUGUAGUGGAAAAGUUUUAACUGAAAAAAUAAAGAAUAUAAUUGAGAAUAACGAUUCUAAAUCAUCUUCAUUAAUCACAACUUCUACAAUUCUUAGUAACACUCAUGGAAAUGAAAUAUGUAUUCCUUUUUAUUCUUGUACAAUUGGAAAAAACAUUUGUCAUGGUAUCAAUGCAUAUUGUACUUGCGAUAAUGGCACAUGGGUUAGCAUUUUAUGUCCAAAAGAAAAGUUAUGUAAGAUACAAGAUACAGACACAAUGACAACUUGUCAAAUGGUAGCAUCAGUUGAUGACAAGUUUUCAUUAUCUUCUAUGUCUGGUUUAGCUGUUUCCAUUACAAUAGACAAAUAUUUUCAUCUUUUCAUUGUUUGUUUGUUAAUUCUGCAAAAAUAA